AUGGAAACAACGAUUGUUUCACGAUUGCUCUCGAAGUUAAAGGAAGAAUAUUCUUCUGAACAACCAUUGGGCAGUUACAUUUCUAAAGAACUUCAGUUCGAAUCGAUAUUACAACUUUUACCUGGAAAGAAUGAUGAACAUCGUCCCGCGAUCUAUUCUACUACUUUGUCUGUGCUUUAUACACACAAGAACAUAAGAAAUUUUGUCGAAAAUCAAUUUAAUUUGCAUGAAUUCCAUAUUCAAUGUAAUGAUCGCGUCGGCAUUCUUCUUCCCAAUGGCACCGAACUUGGUCUUUGUCUUCUGGCCACUUGUUCCUAUUGUACGUGUAUCCCGAUGAAUUCGUCCAGUACAAUCGAUGAAAUCAAGCACGAUAUUGGAAUACUGAAAAUCAAAGCNCUUUAUACACACAAGAACAUAAGAAAUUUUAUCGAAAAUCAAUUUAAUUUGCAUGAAUUCCAUAUUCAAUGUAAUGAUCGCGUCGGCAUUCUUCUUCCCAAUGGCACCGAACUUGGUCUUUGUCUUCUGGCCACUUGUUCCUAUUGUACGUGUGUGCCGAUGAAUUCGUCCAGUACAAUCGAUGAAAUUAAGCACGAUAUUGGAAUACUGAAAAUCAAAGCUCUGAUCGUUGACGUCGAUCUGGUCAACAUCGAACAAUUGAAAAGCAUGGUGAUGAUAUUAAAAGUAAAGAAAACGGAAGAAUCAUUGCAAUUGCAAUUGGUAUCGAACAUAAGUGAAACAAUUCCGAGUGUUUCAGAAAAGGUUCUGAAUGGUCCACAAGAUACUUGCCUGCUUCUACAGACAUCCGGAACAACUGGUCAAAAGAAAACUGUCCCGUAUAACCUGAAAACAUUAAUGGUUGGCACUCUUUGUGUGGCAUUCUCAUGGCAAUUGACUCCAACAGAUUGUAAUCUAAACAUGAUGCCUCUUUUUCAUGUCGGUGGUAUCGUACGAAAUGUAUUAGCACCAAUACUCACCGCUGGCAGCGCCAUCCUUUGCAGUGCGUUUGAUCCAAACCUAUUCUGGGAUAUUCUAAAAACACCGCAAUGUCCAGUGACAUGGUACUAUGCAGUACCAACAAUGCACUCUGCUAUUCUAACAAUAAAAGAACAACGACGAGCAGAUGGAGGCAAUACAGAUAGUCAUCUACGUAUGAUUUGUAACGCAGGUGGAGGUCUUCUUCCAUCGAUGGCAGAGCAACUACAAAAAGCUUUUAGUACUGUUAUCCUGCCAUGUUAUGGUAUGACUGAAUGUAUGCCCAUAUCGUGUCCUUCUGUUGACUAUCAACUCAAUCGACGUGGCACGUCGGGAAUGGCUUGUGGCCCUGAAAUAGAAAUUUUUGACGAUGAGAAACAAAAAAUAACGGAAUCAAACAAAGUCGGACGAAUUUUUAUUCGUGGUCAACCGUUAUUCGAUGGUUAUGAAAACGUACCGUGGUCUUCAACAUUUACAGAAGAUGGUUGGUUUGACACUGGUGACAUGGGUUAUCUCGAUGACGAUAAAUUUCUCUACGUCACUGGACGAACGAAAGAGGUGAUAAACCGUGGUGGUGAAAUCAUAUCACCACCCGAAAUUGAAGAGGCCAUCAUCCAGAAUCCUCGCGUUCGUCAAGCAAUGGUAUUCUCAGUCGGACAUGAUGUUUUACAAGAAACCAUCGGUCUUGUUCUGGUCCCAUCCAAUGCUGCAUCACGUAUUGGCUUAAUCGAACUUCAGAAAUUUCUGGCUAACUUAUUACAUCCAUCGAAAUGGCCGCAAUUGAUUGUAUAUAUGAACGAUUUACCAAAGAACCGAACGAACAAACCAAUACGUAUUGGUCUAGCAGAACGUCUUCAAUUGAAAGAACUGAAAGACUCAGAUUCGAUCAAUAGUCGUCUCUAUGAAGCAACAGCACCACCGAUGACCGCACCAGCCAAGUCGAUCAUUCCCUGUCAACACGUGUCGCUCGAUUCCGAGCAAGUCUACGCAGUUCUCAAUUCACAUCCAUUGAUUGCUGAUUUGGAAUUGGUACAUUCGGUUGCCUACGUCGUCAGUAGCGAAUUAUUGGAAAAGGAAGCGAUUUGGGAUUAUCUAGAUACACAUUUACACGAUUAUCUUCGUCCAAAGGACAUAAUUGUUGUGGAACAGAUCCCAAGAGAUGAUAACAACAACGUCAUUUUAGAUUUGCUCNAUUCCGAGCAAGUCUACGCAGUUCUCAAUUCACAUCCAUUGAUCGCUGAUUUGGAAUUGGUAAAUUCGAUUGCCUACGUCGUCAGUAGCGAAUUAUUGGAAAAGGAAGCGAUUUGGGAUUAUCUAGAUACACAUUUACACGAUUAUCUUCGUCCAAAGGACAUAAUUGUUGUGGAACAGAUCCCAAGAGAUGAUAACAACAACGUCAUUUUAGAUUUGCUCACCCCGAACAAUUCAGCAAAUCAGCAGUCGAAGUGUCCAUUGGAGGGUGCUCUAAUCAAAAUAUUUUGCGAGAUUUUAGAUUUAAAAGACAGCACAGAAACUUCAAUGAAUUCAGAAACGGAUUUUUUUCAAGUCGGUGGUAACUCGCUGAAAGCCGGUCUUCUAGUCAACAAAAUCCGUAAAGAAUUUGGUAUAAGCAUAGCAAUAAUGAAAAUGUACGUAAACAGAACAAUUGGCUCACUUUGUACACUGAUUCGCGAACAAGAUCCAAAUAUCGUUACAAAGCUGGCGAAACAACAGCAAGAACAAAAUGUUCCUGAAAAUGAUUCUCGGAAGAGAACGACACGUGCUGACGCCUACAAGUUGAGUCUUGAAGUUAAAUCCAAAAGCUCGACACGCUUGACCGCACUGUUCGUUCAGUCAUUAUCGUUAAUUUUAUUAAGACCCGUUUACAUCGCUGUGCACUGGUUUUCCUUUGUUGUUUUUCUAAUUCUAUACAGAAAAUAUUGGAAGGCAGUUGAACAAUGGAAACAGGUACUUUCAUUGGUACUCGCCAUACUUUCCGCCAGAUUGUUAUUGAAUCUCUUGAUACUUCCCGGGACUUGUUUAUUGGUCAAAUGGCUUGUCAUAGGGAAAUACCGGCGUGGACAUUAUCCGCUUUGGGGGCAAUACUAUCUUCGAUGGUGGUUUGUUGAUCAAACAAUCAAAGUGUUUGGAUUCGGCGCGUUUGAAUGGCAUGAGAAUCUCCGUAUUAUCUUUCUCAAACUAAUGGGUGCGAAGAUUGGCAAACAGGUGACGAUCGAUCCAAAUGCGCAGAUUAGAGAAUUCGAUCUGGUUAAAAUCAAAUCCAAUGUAAAGAUUCAACGAUGUAUAAUCAGUCCAUUUACACUUAGUACGGGUUAUAUGGUGUUAGCACCGAUUCAAAUCGGUCAUAAUUGCUCGAUCGGGUUGAACACACGACUUUCUCCGGGUGCUACCGUGCUGGAUGGUAUGCAGCUCGGGCCAUUGUCAUCAUCACAUGAAAUGGAUUUUACAACUGCUAAUAAACAAGGGACAGUAACAUCCAAAGCAGUAAUUUUACACUUUGCGAUUAAAUAUCUGUUCGGCUGGCCGGUGGUGUUGAUCGUCACAGUCCUGUCGUAUGCUCCUUGGAUUGGUGCGAUAUAUCUUUUAUCGGACCAAAUAUCUUCUCCUGGUCGAUCAAAUGAUUUUAUAUCGGUGGUUUACUUCUUCGCUGAUGGAAAACGUGUUGGAUUCCAUAUACUAGCAGUCAUAGCACGGGAUAUCCUUCGCCCAUUUAUCUAUGUCGUUGGUUGCAUUCUUGUUAAAUGGAUCAUUAUUGGUAAAUUUAGAGAACAUAGUCAAGUAGAGCAAAAACGUACAUUUAUGACUAAUCUCAAGCAACAAAUUCAUCUUUUAAAACAUUGGCUAAUGAAAGAAUUGUUACCCGGUGGCGAUUUCAAUGGGCUUUCUCAUUUAAUAGGUACGCACUAUGAAUUGAUCAGUGUUAUCUAUCGUCUUCUCGGUGCUCGGAUUGGAAAACGUAUCUAUUGGCCUGGGUCCGGUUUGAACACGUACGAAUACGAUCUUCUCACCAUCGAAGACGACGUUGUUUUUGGUUCACGUUCUUACUUUUCAUGUUCAAAUGGUGACAAAACACAAAGUAACAGAAUUACCAUUCAAAGUGGCGCGAUGAUUGCUGAUCGAUGUGUCCUAUUGCCUGGUGUGACUGUUGAAAGAAAUACGGUUAUGGGCAGUGGCAGUCUGGGAAAAGAAAACACGACCUAUCCGUCUGGUUCAAUAUGGAUCGGAUCGAAGGAAGGCAAUGCUGUAUUGUGGAGCCUUGGUAAUGAACAACAGUCGCAAAUGAAAACAGAAACGAUAACACCGUUCGGUAGAGCAUUCUAUAAACGCGAAAAAACUGGCUACUGGGUCAUACCACUCUGGUUACACGUCAUUUACAAUUUAAGUGUAAAUGUCUUUCGAUCAAUUCUCUGGGCUUCACCGAUUAUCAUUAGUAUUCAGGUGAUUGCCUGCAUCUAUCGACAACUUUCACGAUUGUCGACGUCGACAAAUAUUGAGAUCGGUGUCUUCACCUACUUUCUACUUGUUAGUAUGCUCUCGCUAUUCCACACAGCAAUCGCAUUAUUCGCACUAUUCAUUGAGAUUCGAUGCAAAUGGUUAUUGUUUGGUCGACGCCGACAAGGUGAAUACAAUUGGAAUGAAUCAUCGUAUUGUCAACGGUGGCAACUGUACAUUGGAAUUCAACGUAUCAGACGUCAUAUUUUAGACGUAUUCUGCGGCUCGGCCUAUCUAUGUCUUUACUAUCGAUGCUUGGGUUCUCGUAUUGGCCAUAAUGUUUGUCUGUAUCCAACCGGUGGUGAUCCAAUGAUGACGGAACCGGAUUUAGUGGUAAUAGGGGACGAUUGCUGUGUCGACGAUGCGUCUCUGAUUUGUCAUUUGAAUUCGAAAGGACGAUUUACAUUGAAUCCUUUAAUAGUCGGCAAUCGAUGUGUUCUCAGAUCGCAAAGUCGACUCCUAUCCGGUGCAACUAUGGAAGACGAUUCAACUCUGUUAGAACAUACACUGAUUCUUAGUGGUGACACAACAGACGAAGGAACAAUAUGGCAAGGAUGGCCAGCGACAGAUGUGACGAAAGUCUUUCGUGGAAAGCGAGUUUCAAUGCAGAUCGAACAUCGCCGUUCGAUACGACGUCAUGAGAGUAUACUCACUCAAAAAUCUGAAAAGAAUGAUGCUCCGCCAACAGUAUUAACAUUAGCAGCCGAACAGAAUAUUUUCAAAAUAAGAUUGUAA